AUGAGUAAUGAGAUAGCUCAGCCGACUGAGCAGAACCUUAGCCGCUCAGCUUCUUCAGAAGGUACAAAGGGGAAGCCUCCAGCACUAGACACAUCAGGUUUUACAAACGCACCCCAACCUCCAAGCUCUUCCACGCAAACCACCUCGACUGCGCAAGGCACCACCGGUACAGACAGCUCUGAAACGCCUGUUUUGGCGAGCUCGCUGAACGAGAAGGAUUAUCUGCGAGUAGCAGAUGAGGCAGCAGAAGCCCCGAAAAAGAACCGCGGCCUACUUGACGUUCCAUCACGAUCCUCGUCACAGAAGAUCCAGCCAUCACCAACAUCCACAGGCCUUAGCGGAGUCACCGCAAACGAUCAAAGAGACAGCCUAGGGGGCCGGUCUAAAGAGUCAAAGGGGAGCAUACUGGGCAGGACGCGGAAUGGGAGUACGGGAAGUAGCAAGAUGUCGACAACACCGCAAACCAGGAACAACGAUUCUACAUCCAAUGCUACAGCUGCUCGGCAGCCCAAGAAGAAGAGCAGCAUUUUAUCGUUUCUGAGUUGUUGUAUUGUCCCAGACGAUGCCAAUACGGUAGACGCCGCGGAGUCGAUGCCUGCGAAUAAAGUUGCAAAGGUUCCUUCUGGGCGCCCAACCACUGCUAGCCGGCCGGAACAACCUACGAUAGGCGAGGAAGCAACUACGACGCAACCUCGCACAGAGAAAGAGGCGUCCCAGCAAGAUGAGCUGCGCCAAAAUGAAAAGGAUGGCCCAAGUCCAGACUCGGAUAAGAACAUGCAGUCCGGCGCCAGUUUGCCCUCUGGUGCGAACGGUGAUUUGAACCGGCAGGGGGAUGCGCGUGAUCAGCCACUACCAGGCUUACCCGUGGAAGCAGAAUCAGCAACGGCUACAGAAAUGUCGCCUCCUGGUCCAUCAACUGCAGUCCGGAGCCCAACAAAGUCAGAAUCAGCAGGGGCUGCAAACCCUCCCAAAUUCUCUGACGACAAGAAGGAUGUAGAGGGCGACGUCAAGAUGGAAGAAUCAGAGCCUCUCCCGGCAGAGAAAGGCGAGCCACCUGUUCAGGUUCCCCGGAAGGAUGAGACUACGAGACAAGUGUUGCCUCCUCCCCCUCCUGCCCCUCCGUCCACGAGCGAAAGUGCGCCCCCGCAAGCGACUGAGCAGAAGCAACAAUGGCUACUCCCACCCAUUGCACCAAGAUUUCAGGGCAAGAAAUGUUUAGUAUUAGAUUUGGACGAGACACUAGUACAUAGCAGUUUCAAGGUAACCCUCCCCAAGGCCCUCAAGAGACGUCCAAUCACUAACUUCUACGGCCAGAUCCUACACCAGGCUGAUUUUACGAUCCCUGUCGAGAUUGAGGGCCAAUAUCAUAAUGUCUACGUGAUCAAGCGACCUGGUGUAGACCAGUUCAUGAAGCGGGUCGGUGAACUUUAUGAAGUCGUAGUUUUCACUGCUUCAGUCUCCAAGUACGGCGAUCCUCUCCUGGACCAAUUGGAUAUCCAUCAUGUCGUGCACCAUCGUCUGUUCCGCGAGAGUUGCUACAAUCACCAAGGCAACUAUGUCAAAGAUCUGUCCCAGGUUGGCCGAGAUCUUAAAGAGACUAUCAUCAUCGACAACUCGCCAACAUCUUAUAUCUUCCACCCCCAGCACGCCGUGCCCAUCAGCAGCUGGUUUUCUGACGCUCACGAUAAUGAACUCCUCGACCUGAUUCCUGUUCUCGAAGAUUUAGCCGGCUCGCAGGUACCUACCAAGCUUCACCAAUUAAUCCCAAAUUACUCUGAUCUCUGCAUCUCCGGUACCCAAAAUGGUAUGCGCCUUUGGAAUCCCUAUCCCUCCAUGUCAUGGCCAUUGCCACUCAUGACCCGCAGCUGCAUCAUUUCCAGCUCCCAUUUCCUCCGCAACUCAUCACCUCGCUCAUCCUCCCCAGUCAACCCCGCCGGCGCUCUGGGCUCCUCGACUGGCCGCCCUUCCUCCCCUACACCACCUGGUGGACCUAAGACCGCGAUCCGACGACGCGCUGCUGCCGACCAGAAAGACAAAGUUGCCAAUGUGCGCCCCAGCUCGACGAGGGCUGCAGGUGCUGGAGGAAGCAGCAGCACCAUGUUGAAACUCUACACAGACGAAAGCCCAGGACUAAAAGUCGACCCUGUUGUGGUACUCGUUCUCUCAAUCGUAUUCAUCUUCAGUGUUGUAGCUCUACAUAUCAUUGCAAAGGUUACGCGGAAGUUCUCUAGUUAG